AUGAGGACUGGCUCAACAGAGCUGCAAGACAAGCUGCCUAUCCAUUUGGCUACAACCUUAACCCGCUAUCCCGAUAGCAUAAUCUUCUCCGACUUUGAAGAAGACUUCGAAAACCGACAUAUUCCUGACGCUUUGGAAAGUGUUGACCAGAAUUUGAGAGAAACAAGCCCGGAUUUUGAGCUCUGGCGACGACUCAAGCAACACGGCAGAGCAUCGCUACAGUCGGAUGAAUUGAGCGGACAGACCAUCUGGAUUGAUCAUGGUACUGGAAAAGCUAUAAAUCCUGGCUGGUAUUACGCGAACACUCAGUUGCUAUAUGGAAGACUGAUAAUCUUUAGGAAGUUAGACAAGUUCAAAUUCCUCCCGAUGGUCAGCCGGACUUUACAUGAAUACUCGGACAAGAAGUGGUAUAUCUUCGUCGAGCCUGAUACGUUCAUAUUUUGGCAAACCCUGUUGACCUACCUGUCCAAUCUCGAUUGGACCAAACCAUACUAUCUCGGAGGACAGAUGAACAUUGGUGACAUAACAUUCGGUCAAGGUGGGAACGGAUUCAUAGUCUCUCGUCCUGCUCUCCAGAACGUGGCCACUCACUAUCAAGCUCAUCAGAAAGAGUAUGAGGAUUUUACGGACGGUCACUGGGCUGGCGAUUGUGUCCUUGGCAAAGCUUUCAAGGACGCACCAUUGACAUGGGCAUGGCCCAUAAUGCAGGGUGACGAUGUCGGAAACAUGAACUACGAUUAUAGAAGGCAGUGGUGCCAGCCCACUAUCUCAUAUCAUCACGUCUCACCGUCAGUCAUACAGGAUAUGUUCAACUUUGAGAAGGAAUGGAUGACAGACACAACGAACGUAGGUUCAUUCAUUUUACCACGAGCCUGGUUCGGUCAUUUGCAAAUCUUACUGAUGCUUGUCAACAGNAGCAACGCCACUUUCCUGCGCCAUAGAGAUGUGUACAGACUUUAUGCUCUUCCACGCAUGGUCUCUUCACGUGUGGACUGGGACAACCAUAGUAACGACGACCAAGGGCUCACAGACUCAUUAGAGGGCUGUCGCCUACUGUGUGAAGCAGAUGAACACUGCAUACAGUAUCUGUUGAAUGCUGAGAGCAGAUGUCUGACAACCCCUCGACCAAAUGUAGGACAAGCCGCAGCUAAUGUGACUUUGGGCUGGAUAGUCGAGCGAGCGCAGAAGUUCUACGACGAGGCGGGAGACUGCCAUGGUGUUGCGUGGAUUCAUUGA